AACACUCUUUUUCUUUGAAGGUAUGGUUUUCAUUUACAUCCAGGAAAGCAUCCUUUAGCCUUUAAUACAAAAUAUAAAAACAAGGGAAGGUAAUAUUUUGUAAUUGAAAUAUCGUGAAAAAAAAAAUUGAGAUAAAGUGGGGGUAUGGAGACGAGAAGCAGUUGCUAUAGUAACUCAUAUGCGCGCGGGCGCGUAAACACCGAAGUUAGAAGUCAUUUGAGAAGAAGUCAAAAUGGCGGAUAGCGUACACAUAGAACAAUCAACGGGAAGGCCGGUCGGAGGAAGUGUGAAUGGAGGUAGACUACAUAGAGGUCAUGGAAAAGUAGCUGCAUCAGCAUCUAUACCCAGUAAAUACCAGACGAUCGUAUCUGACAACUCUGAGAAGAAAGGAUUCUUGUCGCGAAGCCGAAGAUUUGCCGACGGUGGUUUGGGUGCUAAUCCAGGUCCUGGAAGAUAUGAACAGCCAAGGCCAAUAGAGAUGGAAAGAACCUCAUUUUCUAAAAAAGGAACUGGUGGCUUUGCUUCAAAGAGCAAAAGAUUCCCAAGAAAGGCUAUCCGUGGGGAGUCUGGGCCAGGACCAGGAGAGUAUGAUCAGAAACUUCCUCAAGAACAUUACUACAACAGGUCAGGUGCCACAAGCAACUUCCAUCUCCCUAUUGCUGUAGCAAGGAAAGAAGACAAAAUAAAUUCAUUUCCUGCACCAAAUCACUACAAUGUUGGAAACAUCACUGGACGUGUUGCACAUGACAACAAUGUUGCUGCUUGUGCUGCUUUCCGGUCAAAGUCAAAAAGAAACUGGAUACUCUCCCAAGCAGGCCCUUCCCCAUGCCACUACACCAUCAAUGAUCAGCUGAUAAAAGAUGCACCUAAAGGAGUGACCGCACCUUUUAAAUCUACAACAGAACGCAAGAUGGCCAGGUCUCCCCUCCCGUUUCCUGGUCCUGGUACUUACAAGCCUUAUGAUGAAGGAAAAACACUGCACCCUCGGGAUCGACAUGGAUUCUUAAAUAAGCACUACCUGUGCAUAUCGGCACCUGCUCUACCCCUGCCCCUCCCAGAUCCUAAUCCAGGUCCAGGGCAUUACAACAUAGUGGAUUAUGAAGGUCCUCCCAAGCAUUUUAUGUCAAGCUCUGCAUUUGUUUCUGCAACAAGUCGAUGGGGAAAUGACGCAACUGUAGGUGGAGAUGAUGAGGCUCCUGGUCCAGCAACCUAUCGACCUCAGCAAACAGGCAAGCAGUCUUUUAUCUACAAUGCAAAUGCAAGAUGGGUGCCUGGAUAACAAAAGUAUUAUCAUUAUUCGAUCAAAUAUAUUUUGGAAAAAUUCACGUUUUAACUUAUUGUAUAUAUGUAAAUAUUCUAUAAUAGUUAUCGAAAGAGUGUUCUAAAAAAAUAAAGUCACCAUGUGUGA